AUGGCGAAGUUUAACACAGGGGCCAACCCGACAGAAGAGGCCUCCUUCAACAACCGGCCCCUCAAAGUCGCAGGGCAAAACUCACCUUCAGGAGUACAAGCUAAAAAGAACUUAUUCAACAACCAAGGAAAUGCCAGCCCUCCCACAGGACCUAACAACGUAUCUAGGUUUGGGUCCCCAAAACCACCAUUGGGGGUGAAACCAUCUUUUGAUGAAAAACCUGACAAGGAGCCCAAGCCGCCAUUUCUAAAGCCAAGUGGAGUGGGCCAAAGAUUUGGGGCUCCAGCUAACUCAGCCACCAGAGACUCUGAGGUAAAAGCAGGAUUUCUGAAGCCUGCAGGCCCCAAACCCAUCAACUUGCCCAAAGAAGAUCCCAAACCUGUAUUUCCCCGGCCUCCUGGGAAUAAGCCUUCACUGCAAAAUAUAAACCAAGAGCAUGACUUAAAGCCACCAGGCCUGAAGCCCAAGUCGAACCCUGCAACCCAGGAAAAUGAACAGAAUCAAGUGUUUCCGAAGUUGGCUGGGGUUAAAAACAAGUUUAUGGCUGCCACACAAGAACAUGAGGCCAAGACCCUCUUCCCCAAAUCUGCCUUUGGUCAGAAGCCAUCCCAGAGUAUAGAUGAGGAGGAGGAGAGCCCAUCUAAGAAUGUGUCUGUACAGAAAGGACCCCCGGGUUCCCUGGGAUCCAAGUUCAGAGCAGGUCCUCUAAAACCAGCAAGAGAAGACUCUGACAAUAAAGACCAUGGAGGUGAGACCUCAAGCUCGCCUUUUCCUGGAGUAGUUCUGAAAUCAACUACAAACAGAGGAGGCCCAGGCCUCUCCAAAAAUGUUGAAGAGAAGAAAGAAGACAGGAAGAUAGAUGCUGCUAAGAAUGUCUUUCUGAGCAAAAUGAAUCAGGAGGAGUUGCCCUCAGGAGCUCCCCCUGCCAAGUUCCCUAAGACCCCUUCUAAGCUGACACUAGGAGGGCCUUGGAGCCAAAGCCAAGAAAGGGAAAAGGGGGACAAGAGCCCCGCAACCCCUAAACAGAAGUCAUUGCCCCCCCUGUUCACCUUGGGCCCACCGCCGCCAAAACCCAACAGACCACCAAAUGUCGACCUUUCGAAAUUCCGAAAAGCUGCUGCUGGAAAUGGUAUCAGCAAAGGCCCAGCAUCUUACUCGACAUCUUCCCUACCACCACCUCCUCCAUCCCAUCCACCCAGCCAGCCGCCAUUGCCAGCAUCUCAUCCAGCACAACCUCCACCAGUCCCAAGUCUACCUCCCAGAAAUAUUAAACCCCCGCUAGAUCUAAAAAGCUCUGUAAAUGAAGACAGUCAGGAUGGUGCCAUGCAUGCUGAAGGUACUGGAAAUCUAGAAGAGGAUCAAGAGAGUGAAGGAGAAACAUAUGAAGACAUAGAAACAUCCAAAGAACGAGAGAAGAAAAGGGAAAAGGAAGAAAAGAAGAGAUUAGAGCAAGAGAAAAAGGAACAAAGAGAAAAGGAAAAGAAAGAACAAGAGAUAAAGAAGAAGUUUAAACUGACAGGCCCUAUUCAAGUCCUCCAUCAAGCAAAAGCAUGCUGUGAUGUCAAAGGAGGAAAGAAUGAACUGAGUGUCAAGCAAGGAGAACAAAUUGAAAUAAUCCGCAUCACAGACAACCCUGAAGGAAAAUGGCUGGGCAGAACAGUCAGGGGAUCAUAUGGCUAUAUUAAAACAACUGCUGUAGAGAUUGAUUAUGAUUCUUUGAAAAGGAAAAAGAACUCCCUCAGUGCCUUUUCAUCAAGAGCUCUUCAUGAUGAUCAAGAAGUGUAUGAUGAUGUUGCUGAGCAGGAUGUUAACAGCCACAGUCAAAGUGGAAGUGGAGGGAUGUUCCCACCUCCCCCAGAUGAUGAUAUUUAUGAUGGGAUCGAAGAGGAAGAAGAUGAUGAUGGCUUCAUGCUACAGGUUGAAGAGAGAAGUAACUCCUGGUCCUGGGGGAUUUUGAAGAAGUUAAAGGGAAAAGAUGACAAAAAGAAAAGUAUACGAGUGAAACCUAAAGUCUCUGAGUCAGACAGUAAUGAAGGUCCAUCUUUCCCUUCUCCUCCUAAACUAUUGGAAGAGGGAGAAGAAGUUUAUGAUGAUGUGGAUGCCUCUGAUUUCCCUGCUCCACCCGCAGAGAUGAGUUAUGGAAUGAAGACCAAGGCAGAAGAAAAAGACCCUAAAAAGCUAAAAAAGCAGGAAAAAGAAGAAAAGGACUUCAGGAAAAAAUUUAAAUAUGAUGGUGAAAUUAGAGUCCUCUAUUCAACCAGAGUUUCACCCUCCUUAACUUCUAAAAAGUGUGGAGCCAGAGAUCUCCAGGUAAAGCCUGGUGAAUCUCUUCAAGUCAUACAAAGCACAGAUGACACGAAAGUUCUCUGCAGAAAUGAAGAAGGAAAAUAUGGCUAUGUCCUUCGAAGUCACUUAGUAGACAAUGAUGGAGAAAUCUAUGAUGAUAUUGCUGAUGGCUGCAUCUAUGACAAUGACUAAUGCUCCACUUUGGUUAUUUUACUAUGUUCACUUAAUACCAAUAUGAAAUCUAGGUUUCAAAUGAUAUGCUAUUAAGUAGUUCUGGGUUCACAGAACUACUCAUCACUAUAUGCUGUAAAUGUUGAUUAUAAAGUUUUGAAAUUUUGGUUUUAGAAAAUGGUCUCUGCUUAUUCAAUAUCUCAGACAGUACCAAUGAAAUAUAGAUAUCCCAUAUUUGCUUCAAUUACAACUAUAAAGGAGCUUCUUUUAGACCAUCAAAGGACAGACAACUUCUCCUUAAAAAAAAAUAA